GUCAUAAAAUGCAUUCUGUUUUCAUAAGACUUAUGCAAAAAGUUGUAUAUGCACGAAUGCUGUAAAAACGAGAAAAACAAGAGGUUUAAAGAUAAACUAAAUCAGUACAUUUCACACCGAUAAGGAUGGUAUGAAGUGCUUGGUGAAUUUAACUCCUCUUUGGGGAUAAAAAAUUGUGACGCUGAAUGAGGCCAUUGCUAAAGAAUUAAACCACGGGAUCGUCUUUAAUCGGGAACUGGAGAUGUAAAUGUUGCAAUUGAGAUUGUAUGGCGAAGAUCUCAUAAAAAUUGAUUUGAGAAAUGUCAUCUAAAAGAGUGUGCAGGACAAGGAGUUAUACAUCUUUAGUGGCAAUUGUGAAUGACAACUGGUUGAUAUCCAAACAUUUGUAAACAAGUUAAGCAAAUGUAAAGUUAAUUCUGAACUUACUAAGCCCUAGUUACUAUUUGAUAUUAAUGAUCUAUAAUCAUAUCUAAAGUAACACAAACCAUGGAAAACCCCAAAAAAGUGAGAAAAAGAAAUUUGGAGCCACCAAGUACACCUGAAGAUGUGCCAUACUGUGAGAGUCUAAGUAAAGUUUUCAAAAGUGACCAAACAGGUGUCUUUAUUCCAGGAAAUCAUGAAGCUGAGAUGUGCUAUGGAGGAGAAGCUGAUCUACACAAACAUGUUACUGGCUGUAAGAAAAAUCCAGGUCACAAAGGUUUUAUACCUCUUAAAGAUUUCAACACAAAAUAUCUCCCCGCACGUUACCAUGACGACGACCUCAUGUCUGAGACAAUCAAAACAAUGGCAGCCCUAACUGUUCAGGUAAAGACUAAAUUCACCAGUCUAGAGAGACCAGAGUUUUACCCAGACACGCAUGUUCCAUAUCCAUGUUAUAAUGACAGAGGAAGUCACGUGAUGAGGUUAGGGACGGGUAGGUUGAGGUGUGUGCUCAAAUACAUUGAGAGUGACAGAACUUGUCAUUGUGCCCAGUGUCAAGUCUCUGCAACACCCAACAAAGUGUGGGGGGAGGUUCGUGUGCAGACAGCCACACAUGUGGUGUUUGAUGACAGUGAGGCGAGACAGACCAGGUGUGUUUUAGGUUUUGAUGACAAUAAAAGUCCAGUGGUCAGUCUUGAUGGCUGGGAGGUGGGGGGUGGGGCAAACAUUGAGAGAGACAGGUGUGAGUUGAGUUAUGUGACAUGUAACUUAGAGUUGGUUGGUGAACUGUACAAGAUGUGUGAGCGCUUUGAUGAUCUAUGUAGGGGAGUAAUAAACAAAUACGGUAGAUUUUUUUUUGAGGACAGGUUGACCGUUAUAGUGUCACAUCCUCAUGGCUGUCCUAAACAGGUCUCUGUAGGACAAUGGACACACAAACGUGAGAGGGAUAAGGGCCUCACCUGGACCAGGUACUGGUACACAACAUGUACAUGUCCAGGCUCCAGUGGAGCGACUGUCUACAGACCGGGAUAUAGCGGGAUAUUUUAUUACCAUCCCCACAGUGGAUCAAACUCUGAAGGAAAUUAUAGUGGGGAGUGUUGAGAGACUUAUUUAACUGUUAGUACUCUUCCCUUGUCUACACAAUGUAAACAAACAAAAUGGCGGAGCCGUUCCCGUCAAUAAAUUGUGUUAAGACUUGCAUGUCUUGUAAACAUUUUAUUACAUUUAAAUGAUUAAAACAAAUCUUUGAAUUGUUUUAAACCGUUUAACCGUCAAACCUUGCAUCUACCAUAAUGUAUUAUUGGCACUUUACAUGUUUAUUAUCGUGAAUAUUUUCUCUGUAACAAAUGUCGGCACAAUUUUUGUUCUAACCUUACCAUGAAUUGACAGGUUUUAACUUUAAAAAUUAAAUUUCUUGCUAUUUUUAUUUGUUUACAAAAUUAUAACAAUUAGAAAAUAAAUGCCCAAGCUAAAAAUACGUUGUUCUGUUUUUUAUGGACCAAUUAGUAUGUUUUCUAAAUUAUAAAAUGAGCGAAUUGUUGUCAAACAACUUUUGUUACUGAUGUCGUUGGUUUUAAAACCACAAUGCUGCCAUUAAGCCUUUAUAAGGAUAAAUAACUGUCAUUUCAAUGAAGUGAAGUUCAAAUAAACUUAACUGAUACUAGACACAAUCGUUAAUAUCUACAUCGUGUGUUGUCCUACUUCAAAAAAAUGUUUAUUCUUAUUUAUUCUAGAUACUUUCACCAACUGGUGACAGAGCACUUGAAUGUUGAAAUGUAAGUCUCUGGUACCUGAGUCAAUCCAGCUCUGAUGAGUACCUGAGUAAAUUGGGUAAUUUAAACUCGGCUAUGACGGCAUAAU